AUGUUUCUGGGCCCGUUCCUUACACUCGCAAGCUUCUUGGCAGGAAAUUCACAUACAUACCUUGCUGGUGAUGCUACGAGGUCUCCAUCCUCAUCAUCGUCACUCCUGAAAAAUGCCAAAACGUACGAGAUCUGUAUUUCUCCCGGUUGUGUCGCCGAUGGUGCCGACCAGCUGCUUUCUAAAAUGCAAGCCCUUGCACCCUCUCAUGUAUCGGUAAAGCCGGGUGAUUGCUGCUCACUGUGCGGAAAUGGGCCCAUUGUCUUGGACGGAAACAACAAGAAACAUCGCAAAGUCAACGACGUCAAACUGAUCGAGUUGCUCUUUGGAGAAGAAGGAAUGAAUUCACAACAACAAGCAAUAUUGGAUGCCUUCAACUUGGUGGUGGAAGCAGAAGGUUUUCUCGAGAAAAAGAAUUAUGAAAAAGCUGUCGAAUUGUAUGGAAAAGGAAUUGAAUUGGGAAAUGAACCUGCGACUGCGACUGCUAUCUAUCCACCAAAUGACGGCGACGACGACAAGGAACCGAUACCAGCGGCACUUCAGUGGUUAGUCAAUGCCCGACAACAAGAAGCUGUCGCAAAAUUGAGUAUGAAGGACCUGGACGGGGCUGUCCUCUCGGCACAAUCUGCAUGUGAAUUAUCAGGCAAUUCUUCCUUGGAAGCCUUGGAAGUGUUGCAAGAGGCUCAAGCCGCUCUAGGUGAUCCACAGGGAGAACUAGAGACCCUUCAGAUUUAUUUUGCUCUUCCUGAGCCUAUCAAAAUGACCACCAUGCAAUCCAACAAGAGACGGAACCUUGGUUUUCGGUUGCAAAAGUUGGAACGCGAGCAGCAGGGCAAAUGA